AUGGCAUCAGACUUUUGCUGUUUGGAAAUUGAGAAUUACACUCCCAGGAACAAUAUUAAUGAGGUCAUCGAGUCCAAACAGAGUGUGUCCAGCGUGGUCUUCUUCAACGUCACGUGGACAGACGAGGACCUGGCCUGGGACGUGGAGGACUACGACAACAUCACCAUGGCAACGGCACCCCCCGACAGGUUAUGGCACCCAGAAAUCCAUGUGGCCAACACACUAGACGACCUGGUCAAGGUCGCUGACCCCUACUACCUCCAGCUCUCGUCUGACGGCACGGUACAGUUCGAGGUGGCCACCACCCUCAGAACCACAUGCCCGUUUGACUUGACAGAAUUCCCCUUUGACACGCAAGACUGCGGAAUCACCAUGGUGCUGAAAGGCUUCGACAUACACGUCAGACCCAGCGUCGACGACAUCCGAAUCAUCGAAGACGGGAGUCUCAAUCUGAUCUUCACCAAGACGGAAUGGACCAUCGAGAGCUCGGAAAUGGACGUCCUUACUUUGAACAACGAGAAGCCGCUCAUCAACUUGCGAGUGACCAUCAGACGAGCCCACCUGUACUACACAUUGUGCGUCAUCCUGCCCGUUAUGAUCACGUCAUGGGUCAGUUUGCUGGUCUUCUGGAUCCCGCCCGACUCAGGGGAGAAAAUGUCCUUUCUGGUCUCCAACUUUGUGUCGCUCACCCUCUACUUCAACUUUAUCGGUGACCUCCUGCCCCGGAACUUCACCGAGGCCCCAAAGAUGGGGAUAUUAUUCGUCUACAUCUGCGUUCAGUGCGCGGUUGCCAUGGUGAUCACAAUCGUGGUCAUGCGCAAACACAGACAGGAAGUCCUGGAAGCGGAACUAGCGAUGACGUUGACAGCACCCUCCGGGAUGGCGCCACAUCCGGAUCAGCUCAGACCUGUCAAUCAGAACAAAACCAUGAUUGUUGACGAUGGUGUUGAACCCAUUCCUUUGAGGACACUGACGCCGAGAAAAGUGACCCCAAACACGACAGCUGAACAAGAUCAAGAGCACUACUUCCAGCAGCAGCAGCAGCAGCAGCAGCAGCAGCGGCGGCCAAAGUUGAGAAUCAAACGCUUCCUCAGAAUGAACUCCUUCGAAGCGUCUGAGCCUAGCUGUUGGGAAAGGAACAUUGCCCGCCAAGAUUACUUCAGCGCGGCCGCGAUAGACAGGAUUUGUUUCUGCCUUUUCAGUCUGUUCGGUGUGUUGUUCCAUAUCAUUCUCUUUGAGUGGUGAGCGCUGUCUUAACCCUUCCAGCCUCAGACAUUUUGGUGCACUCCCUAACCCCAGUCCCAGCCAAUACAGUAGUAGUCCAGAGAAAGAGGCAUGUAUUCUAAAAAGAGAUGUAUUACCUUCGUAAUGAGCUUUAGAUAAUAACAUAUAACAAUGUUUAAAGGUAAAUGAACUAAUAGUAUGGAAAUUAAAAGUUUAAUUAAG